AGUCGCUGUCUUUUCAGAACCACAACGCCAGGUCAACGAUGUGGAGGAGCUUCCUUUUUAUUCUUGAUCUGCUCUAUCAGUGGUGACAGAAAAUUAGGUUAAUUAUUUCUGAAGUUAACAUAAUGAUAUUGAGAAGACUUUAAAACCUGUUGCUGCUUACCAAAGCGUUCAGAUAAGUGAAUUGCUCUAUAAUAUGUCUGAACUUUCGAUCUUUUCCAUUAUGAAUAGCUUCCACUUCGGACUCUUUUGUGUUUAUGCCUUGGCUUUUGGGAGGUUUGCUCAUGGCCAAGCGGAGAAAGGCGAACGUUUUCUGUGUACCGCCGUACCCAUCGGGGCGGACAGUUGCCCGGUCCCACCGGAGCCGUUGCAGUCAUCCUCGGCACAAGAAGAGGAGCUGCGAAACACCGUGAUGCAGCUCCGCGAAACCAUACUUCAGCAGAAAGAAACCAUCGUCAACCAGCUGGGCACCAUAAAGGAGUUGACAUCUAAACUAACUAUUUGCGAGUCCGCUUCUGACAGCUCCGGCUCCUGGAGGAAAACCAAGCAGGACACUAUGGACGAUGUCCCCAGGGAUCCUAAUGAUACCGUUUACAACAUGGGAAAGACCAUGCAAAGUCUGAAAGACCGUCUUGAGAAUUUAGAGCAACAGCAGAUGAGAGCCAACGUCUCGGGUGUCUCCUUCCCAAACGAGCUGCGCGACCUGCUGCAGCGUCGCCUGGGAGACCUGGAGAGCCAGCUCCUGAAGAAGGUGAACGAGCUGGAGGAGGAGAAGUCGCAGCUGUACAACGAGACAGCCGCCCACCGCCAGAGCACAGAGAACACCCUGAGCGCUCUGAUGAACCGGAUCAAAGAGCUGGAGAAAGGUAACAGUGGCUUCAGGUCCCCCGAGAACUUCAAGCUGUCCUUCCCACUGCGCACUAACUACCUGUACGGCCGGGUGAAGAAAAGCCUGCCAGAGAUGUACGCCUUCACCGUCUGCAUGUGGCUCAAGUCCAGCUCCUCGCCUGGCAUCGGAACCCCCUUCUCCUACGGAGUCCCAGGACAGGCCAAUGAGAUUGUCCUCAUUGAGUGGGGCAACAACCCUAUUGAGCUCCUCAUCAAUGACAAGGUGGCCCGGCUGCCCUUAUCACUGAACGAUGGGAGGUGGCACCACAUCUGCGUAACCUGGACCACCAGAGAUGGCCUUUGGGAGGCCUAUCAGGAUGGCCAGAGGAUGGGCUCUGGGGAGGACCUGGCUCCCUGGCACCCCAUAAAGCCAGAUGGAGUCAUCGUCUUGGGCCAGGAACAGGACAUCGUGGGAGGCCGCUUCGAUGCCACCCAAGCCUUCGUGGGUGAGCUGAGCCACUUUAACAUCUGGGAUCGCAUCCUGCGGCCUCAGGACGUGCUCGGCAUGGCCAACUGCACCAACUACAUGCCGGGCAACGUGGUGGCCUGGGCCGACAACGACGUGGAGGUGUUCGGCGGAGCCACCAAAUCUCCUGCUGAGCAGUGCGAGGACCGGCUUUUCAGCUCCUAGAGGGCACACACACACACACACACACGCACACACACGCACAUUAAUAUGGGUCAUUUGUCAUCCAGACAACAUCUAUUGAGUUAUGAAGCAAAUGUCUUUAUGUUUUCUUUUUUUAUAUGUCUGACAGAGGCUUUGGUAGGUCCUGAUGGACUAACCCAGACAUGUUUUUGUAAACUACAUUGAAAGUUUAAUUUCAACAUCUUUAAAUACCCAAAUGGAAAUUAGCGACACCGAAAUGUUGCUAUUUUUAAUGAAAACCAAAAAUAGUUGGGGGCAGGCAUCUUACGCGCUUUGGCGGAUGUCGACGGAUUUGUCACGGAACGUGUUUGCUUGUCUCGUGGGUCAAAGGCUGAUAGAUUAACAGGAGGAGAAUUAAAGUCAUGACAGGUUUGUCUGAGGCCAAUACCCAAGGCUUAGUGAGAAAGCAGGGCGACAAAUCAAUUAAACUGAAACAUGCCCCCAAGGCUAGUGUACACACCAGUACACUAGGAUGUCUUUCCAGGAGAGUUAUUAAUCAUGUGUCAUGAGACACAAUUCUGCACCUUUGUUUUUGUAACUGUCAAAGCUUAAAUGUCAUAUGUUUUUAAACUAUUUUUGAUAACAAACAUUAGAGUUGACCUUUACCAGGCGUCCUGAUUAGGAAUGUGACACAGGCAAUCACCAUGGCAGGAGUAACUAGGAGGAAGGUGGGUGGUGUGUUGUGUAGUUAACAGAUAAAACACCCAGACCUGAGCUCACAAGAGAGUAUUAGGUAAAUGUAGUGUGCUGCAGAGUCCACAAGGUGUUCCUUAAUUUGCAGCUCUAACACAAUGUCUCUAACACCUAUUCAGGAUCUAUUCAGAAUGAAACCCAUAAGAAGCUCCUGGUGGUGGCGGAUGUAUUAUUCAGGGUUGGUGCCAUGUUGAAAGAGCAGGUCAUUAUACAUUGUAAGCAGGGGAAUCUGGGAUAAUGAGGAUGUUGACAAGUCGGUGAGUGGCAAUGCUCCAGUCCCCUUCUGUACUUCUGUUCCACCCUCCAUGUUUUGUACCUGGUUUGCAUUCGGGUUUAUACCUGGCUUGUAUUUAUUCGUGUCUUUGUGUAUUUAGAGCCGUCAGUAAUUAGUUUAAACCCCAGGUGUCUGUCUCAGAUGUUUUGUGUUUUUUCAUUUAAAUGCCUUCUUAGAAUCUUAAGUGCCAAGGGUACCAUUCACACAGGUGAGAUUGAUACAAAAUUGAGGUGUGGAUUUACCAGCCCAAAAUAUGGUAACAUUUUGAUUUAUUUUCAUGUACAUUAAGGACUCACUGUGUCUUUUAUCUGUCUUAGAAUGUUUUCAUCUUUUGUCUGGAAAUGCUUUUGUGAUUUGUGGCAAAAGUUGGUAAGUUUACCUUUGCGUCAGUAUUAGCAGCUCUAAUUACAUCCACAAUGUUCUCUUAAAGGUUCUGUCUACCCAUAUCAUGCCUUUGCCAAUGGAUCAAAAAUUGUAAAAUUAAAAUAAAAUAAAAUGAGAUCUUUAACCUA